AUGAUUCCAGAAUUCCCUGCCCGUGCGUGGAAGUUAAUUACCAAACGUUCCGCUGCUCGAGUGCUCCCCUGAUCCCAGAUAUCCCCAGCCCCAUGCCGGGGGUAAUUCCAGCCUGGAAUUCCAAAGUGUGGCAGCUCCUUUGGGACCAUCCGCACAAAACACCCCUGAUGUGUUCCUGUUCCCUCGGGGAGUUGGAAAACUUCCAACCAUACCAGGCCUGAAUUCCCUGAAUCUCCAGCACCCAUCCCCAAACCCCCCGGGAAUGCCCUGGAUUGAUUUUCCUCCCCAAUAAGAGCGAUUUUCCAGACAGCGCCAGGUUUUAUCCACUCCCAAGGGAGCGUUUUCCACCCCCAAUCCCGGAUUUUGCCGGAGCAGUUGGAAAAGGAGGGAGGCAGUGCAUGGAGAGGGGGAUGAGAAGCAGGAUCCAGGUCAAGGCGCUUCCAUAAAAUUUUUUUUGGGAGCCGUUGGCAGCUGGAUUUGUUGGUUUAACCCCUGCGGACGGGGCCUGCCGUGGGUUCUGCCCAUUCCCAGGAACACGGAUCCAACGGGAGCACUGAUCCUGUGGGAUGCUCCCUAAAAAGCACCACUGUGGCCUCCUGGCUCCCAAAUCCAUCAGUUUUCCGAUGGGAAGCUGGAGAUUUCCCAGGAUUUGAGUGACGUACCUCAUUUCAGCCUUGCCUUGAGGCCUGACCCCUUUAGAAUCACCAGGAUGGUGAUUCCCAGUGCUGGAAUUUCCCCCUGGAAAAUGCACAGAGAAGGUGGUGACGGAUUUCAAGGUAGACCAAUAACCUGAAAUUCCUGAAAUCAGCUUUUUCCAUGGAUAACCUUGUGUUGUGGGACAGCCGCGGUUGGGAUUCAUCCCAGAACAGCCCAAACCCCGGGAUUGAGGGAUGAUUUGCGGGAAUCUGCAGGAGACUCCCAAGAAAUGAGCCGGGAAACUGCUCCGGGUUUGUCUCCAUCCCGAAUCCGCUUCCAGAGGAAAGUGAGUUUAGUUUGUUUUUCCCGUUCCCAUCCCAGCCUUCCCAAAGAAUCCCUGAAAUGUGCCGGGUAUUUUUAUCCCUUAUUUUAAAAAAGAGAGGAAAAGGCUCUGGAUGCAUCCAGGGUUUUAUUCCAGCUGGAGCAGCCGCUGAGGUUGGAUUGGGCCUGGAUCUUCCCUCGAGGCUGGGACCUUUUCCAUGAUACUUCACCUUCCCAGGCUUUCCCAGAAUCACGGAAUUGUCCAGGGAAGGGACCUGAAAGCUCCUCCCAUUCCAUGGGAUCCAUGAUCCUUCAUCUUCAAGCCACCUCAGGCCAUGGAAUUCUGGCUUUUGGGAAAGGUUUGGUGGAUAUUUGGGAUAUUGGGCUGAAGCAUGGAAAUCAUGGAAUGGUUUGGGAUGGAAUGGACCUCAAAGCCCAUCCCGAACCUUCCCCUAUCCCAGGUUGCUCCAAGCCUCAUCCUUGGGCACUUCCAGGGAUGGGGAAUCCAAACCUCCCUGGAAAACAGGAUUUUAAAGGUUGGAUUUGGAGAUCUUUCCCAAAUUUCAGGAUUCCCUGAGUGCUUUGCUUUGGCAUUUGGGAUGAUUCCAGGGAGACUUGGCUGCUCCAUUCCUGUCAGCAUUCCCUGUCCCCUGGGUUGAACAUCAGGAAUUUCCAUGCUUGGUGACCUUUUCCAUGAAGGAAUUUUUCCCAAUAUCAAAUCCUGACAUCCAAUCCAAACCUCUCCCUUUGCUUUCCCUUUUUUUUUGGUCUUUCCCCACUUUUCCCUCCACCCUCUCCCCCUUUUCCCUUUGUGGUUUGUAUCCAGGCCCCAUCCAAGUCCAGCAUCCCAGGAAAGGAUGGGAAUUACAGCCUCACAAAUUAAGGAAAUACUAGCUCUCCCAAAUCCAGCCUGUUUUUCCCUCUUUUUCCUUCUUCCCAGAACUCACGGGAAUGAAUCCAUCCAUUCUCCCACUUCAGUGUUGGGAUCUCCCAGAGGUUUUCCCUGGAAACAGCCUAAUCCCAUGUUUAUGAAAAUCAUGGAGCCAGGGCGCUUUGACUGGAUGGAAUUCCUGGGGCCAGUGAAGGAGGGAGAAGCCUCUUUUAUCCCUGUUUUUCCCUUUAUCCCUGUUUUUUUCCACCUUUUGGAGUCUGCUGUGCUUCUUUCCCGAGCCAAUAAGGACAAACAGGGUUUGGUGGAUACGGAAAAGUGGGAAAAAGAAAUCCCGGGAUCAGCCAGAGAUUUACAAUUCCCCUUUGCCAAGGAAAACAGCGGGAAGGAAUCAUCCGCUGGCAAAUCCGUGGCUGAGAAACAAAGCCUGGAUUCAUUGUGUCCCUCCAUGGACGGCAGGGAACAAUUGGGAUGAGUCACUUCCAAAGGGCGGGAAUGGCCUUGGAGCCUCCCGGCGGCCCCAGGGAGGGACAGGGAGGUCACUGGAGAGGUUUGGAGGUCUCCGUGCUGGAAUGCCGGGAAGAGCUCAUCCCUCUCCUCACCCCAGGGACCGGGAGAAAUCGGAGUCAGGCGCCUCCAAAUCAUUCCCGUUUUUUUUUUAGGAAUUACGCAAUCCGAGGGAAAACAAACAGAACAAUAACACAAAGGCAGGUUGGAUCUCAUUUCUGUUUUCCAGUUGUCUGGGUAAUCAGGGGUUGUGGGAUUCCAUGAUUUCCUUUGCAAGGAUAAAACCCUAAAAAUGCUCCCGUUCCCAUAGGAUAACGGAAAUUCCCUUCAAUUCCAGCACCGGUUUUUUAAGGAAUAACAGAAAUCCCAAAUUUUGUGGGCGAUGGAGAUACCUGGAAUUAUCUCCCUCGUGGUCUGAGCUCUGGAAAUCCUGGAGAAGUUGAAGACUUUAAUUAAUUAUUAGCUAAUAAUUUAUUAUUAAUUAAUCUUAAUUAAUUUAUUAAUAAUUAAUCCUUAACAAUUAAUUUAUUAUUAAUUAAUUUUAAAGUUCUCAACUCGAUCCUACAAAAAUUAACUUGGAGAGGAUCAUUCCCUCUUUCCUACCUCUCCCAUCUCCCUCCCAACCAGGAACUGACUCAGGAAAUGGUCCCAAAUAUUUAAUUCUUGGAAAUUCCAGCCUUUCCACAGAACUGGAUGGGAGGGAAUUGGACAAGGAAAAAAAGCUGGAAAAAAGACAGGGAAGAGAGCUGGAAUGUCUGGGAGAAGGGAGAUUCUGUGUGGGAUGAAAUUGGAAUUCCCAGGGCUUGUUGAACCCAUCCGUAACCAAAAAAAGAGUCAGGAAUAACUCCCAGCCAAGCAGGAAACCUGAAAGGAAAAUUUGGGAUAAAGUAGAAAGGAAAGAGCUGUGGAUGCAUCCCAGAUUUUAUUCCAGCAGCAGCUGAGGUCGGGUUGGGCCUUGACCUUCCCUCGAGGUUGGAAUUUUUCCACGAUCCUUCAUCUUCCCAAGUCAGAGGAUCAGGGAAUCCUGGAAUGGCUCAGGGAAGGGACUUUAAAGCUCAUCCCAUUCCCGCUAUUCCAGGAUGCUCCAAGUCCAUUCCAACCUGGCCUUGGACACUUCCAGGGAUGGGGAGCCACAAGUUGACGGAGAACCAAAUCCCAGAUUCCGGAGGUUCAGGGCUUGGCUGAUGAAGAAAAUUCCCCGCCCUCUCCUCUCACCGUUGGGAAAAUUCCCCUUGGAAAACUUCUGGACUCAGUGGAAAAAAUCAAAACCUUCGUGUCCAAGUCCUGCCUGCGCCAAGGAGAAGCCAAGGCUGGAGAGGGUCUGGAGCAGGAAUUCCACUCCUGGUGUGCCAGUGGGUGGACGAGACAUUCCAGGCUGGCUCAUUCCAGGAGUUCUGCUUCCCAUUAAAGUGCCGGAGAGCAGCUGGAGCUCUGGAGUCCAUUAAAUGCCACUUUUCGGGAAUGGGCUUGGAUUUCAGCUGUUUAUUUUUAUACCCAGGGAGCUGAGCAAUGGAUGCUGAAAAAAAGGGAAUAAAAGCCAGGAGAGAAAAAAAAUAUGGAUGAUGGGAUGCAGGAUGGAAAAAACCCCUUUGGAAUAUCAAACAUGGAUUCUCUGCUCUGACAUCCCGAUGGUGGAAAAGCCCUUUUAGAAAUAUCGGCAUCAUCAGCACCCGGAGGUAAUGGAGGAACAUCCAGAAUUCCAGGAUUGGAAUAGCCAGAAUUUGUACGGGGAAAUCCGGUUUUUGAUUUCCCUGGAAUGGAUUGCCUGGGAACAGGGAUGGGGAUCCUUCUUCCAAAGGCGCCACCGGGGAGAGCUCAAAACUGGGAGGAAUGGGAUGGAAUGAGCAAAAACGGUUCCAAUUCCGUAAUUUGGGAAGGAAUUCUUGGCUGUGAGGUGGGCGAGGGGCUGGGAUGGAUUCCCAGAGAAGUUAUGGAAGUCUCAUCCCUAGAAGUGUCCAAGGCCAGGUUGGACAUUGGGAGUGGGAUAAACCUGGGAUAGUGGGAGGUGUCCCUGCCCAUGGAUGGGGUGGAAUGGGAUGAGAUUUAAGGUCAUUUCCAAACUAAAACAUUCCAGCAUUCUGGAGCCCCUCUGCUCUGGAGCCAGGCUGGGAGAGCCGGGAAUGUUCCCCUGGAGAAGGGAAAAAUCCAGGGAAUGCUCAGAGUCCCUGCAGGGGCUCCAGGAGAGCUGCAGAGGGACUGGGGACAAGGGAUGGAGGGACAGGACACAGGGAAUGGCUCCCACUGGGAAAGGGGAGAUUGGGCUGGGAUCUUGUGCAGGAAUUGCUGCCUGGGAGGGUGGGGAGGGGCUGGGCUGGAAUUCCCAGCUUUGCUGUGGCUGCCCCUGGAUCCCUGGCAGUGCCCAAGGCCAGGUUGGAUAUUGGGGCUUGGAGCCGCUUCCUUCAUCGGCUCCACGCAGCUCCCGACACAUUCCCAAACCAAUCCCUUGGAUCAGGUGGUUCUCUGGUGGACCAAAUCCAGCCUUUCUGUGCUCCAAGGAUCCCACCAGCAGCGGGAACUGGGACAGCUCCGCUUCUCCGCACCCCGCAGAGCCGGAGCAAAAGCCGGCAGCCGCUUUUCCAAUCAGGGUUUGUGCGAAAUCCAUGGAUUAACAUCAAAGGAUCUCUCCUGGCCAGAUUGCUCCAAGGCUUUUCCAGCCUGGCCUCCUGAACCCCUGGAAGCCCGGAUCCAUCAGCUGACGGUGACAUCACAACCCCGAGCCGUCAGGACAUUCCUGACUCCCAAAAAUAUUCCUUCUCCAGAGGCCGGGAAGCAGCAGCAGCCCAUCCAUCCUGUCAGCACGGCUAUUCCCAGGUUUUUUUCUGGCUCUGGGAACACGGGGAGGGUGGGAAGGGUGAGGGAAGAGGGGGCUGGUGGCACAUCUGGAUGCACUCGGGGCCGGGGUGGUGGCAGCUGUUCCCUCAUCCCGGUCGCUCCGGGUCUGGAAUCGAUUUUCCAAGCGGUUUUUCCUUGCCCAAAUCGAAGCCCAAAGUCUGCUUGGCUCCUUCUCUCCCGCUUUUCCAGCUCGGGGAUUUUAUUCCUCGGCCUCGGGAGGCUUAAAAAUAGAAGUGGUGGAAAAGGAGACUGAGCCGCUCUUCCAGAGGGAGGGAAAGGAGGGAAUUCUGUCCCCCUUGGAGCUGGGAAGGGGAGAAGUUCUGGCAGGAGGUAACCCUGAGCCGGGUUAUUCCCAAAGGGAUUGAAAAUCCUCCUCUCCCAUUCCUGGUUUUAGCUGGAAGCCACUUAAAAGUGAGGUUGAAUUCCGGGAGUGAGAUAAAAUCCAGGAUUUUUCCUUGGAAAAACGGGGGCCUGCUGAUGGAGCCCUGUGCCCCGGGGGAAAAUCCGGGAUGGGAUUUGUUUAACUAGGUCAGGAAUUUGUCCAUGUAAAUCCCCUGGAAUUCCAGGGGGCUCCCUUGGUAUAAAAACCGGGAGAGGGGCACCCCAAAGCAGAUUUUUGGGAAGGCGGGGUAGGAUCCAGAGGCGGGAAAGGAUCUUUGUGUUCGGAUUCUGCUGGAAUGUGCAGCUUUGUGGGACAAGAGCGGAUUUAUGGGAUUGUAACCAGUGAGGGACAGGGAAACUGGGAAUGGCUUCCCACUGCUGGAGGGCAGAGCUGGGUGGGAUAUGGGGAAGGAUUUUUGGGACGUUUGGCCCAAAAAAGCACCAAACUCCAGGGGCUUCACGGAUCUGCCACAUCCACAGGUCAGAUUCCCGCUGGGAAUUCAUUCCACGGUUCCUUCUCCAGCCCCUGGAGCGGGAUUCACCCCGAUGGGGUUGGGAAGAGUCACCUGGAGCUCAUCAGAUCCGGAGCAUCUGGAUUUUGGGAGCAGGAGCUGCUCUGUGGUGGCAUUUGCACCUCUGGGGAGGUUCUUUCUUCCCAAAAAAAACCCAAAAAACAGGAUCAUGGAAUGGGUUGGGAUGGGAAGGACUUAAAAGCUCAUCCAAGGGCAUCUUCCGCUAUUCCAGCUUUUAUUUUUAGCAGCUGUUGGGCUCCAUUUGUUCCUGCCAGACUUUGGGAUUUAAAAAUCCAGGACCUCUUUCUAUCCCUGCUCCUCUCUGGAAUUCCAAUUUCUUUUUAAUUUUUUUUUUUUUUUUUUUUUUUUUUUUUUUUUUUUUUUGCUAACCCCUCAUCUUUCCCAACAACCUUUUCCUGCUUUUUCGCCCCCAAUCCAGCUCCACUUUUUCCUCAGGAGGAUUUUCCCCGUCCCUGCUCCGCUUUAUGGGAUUUCCAUGCCCUGACGCGACCCCUGUUAAUUCCCAAAUAAAAAAUCCGGCUGAAGACAAAAAACUCCUCUGGUUUUUCCAUUUUUUUUUUUUCCCCCCCUUUUCCAAUCCUUCUGUUUCUGGGCUCAUAAUUUUUUACAAGCUCGGUGAUUCCGAGCGAUUUCAUUUCCCAGCUCCCCUCAUUAUUUCCAUGUUGGGAAUUUUAUUGGUGGGGACGGUAAACAAAUAACAUUUGUUUUCCCUAAAAUCCGCAUUCCCCACCCCUCCUUGUUUUCCUGGUUAUUCCCAGUCUGGCUUCUGUUUGUCUCGUAUCCUGUGGCCGCAUGGAAGGGAUGGAGAUGCCGGAAUAUUUUGGAUCCCUGUUUUCUUGGAGAAGGUUUGGGUUUGGAAUGAGGGCUGGAAAAAGGGGGAAAAAUGUUUUUGGGGGAUACAUGGUUGAUCAUUCCCAGAGAAUCUGUGGAUGUCUCAUCCCUGGAAGUGUCCAAGGCCAGGUUGGAGGGGUUUGGAGAAGCCUGGGAUACGGGAGGUGUCCCAGCCCAUGGAUUGGGUGGAAUUGUUGGGAUUUAAGGUCCCUUCCCAACCCAAAGCACUCCAUGAUUUUAUGAGGGAUACGGAAAAUUCUCCCACAGCAGCUGAACUCCCAAAAGGAAACAGCACAUCCAGGGAAUCCCAGAAUUCCCACACCAAGACGGA